AAAGGCGUUAAAAAGAGAGAGAAAAGAUUCUUGAGUGAAGAUGGGAACAGCAACGUCGUCGAUGGCGGCGAAGUUAGCUUUCUUCCCACCAAAUCCGCCGUCGUACACGGUGGUGACGGAUGAAUCGACUGGGAAGAUGAGGAUAACUGCGGAAAUGAUGCGUCACCGGAGAGAUGAGGAAAUAGAAGUGGUGAAAAUAAUGACUAAAAGAGGGAAUGAGAUCGUGGGGAUGUACAUAAAGCAUCCAACGGCUAAACUAACAGUUUUGUAUUCUCACGGCAACGCCACUGACAUAGGUCAAAUGUUCAUCAUCUACAACGAACUAAGUCACCAUCUCAAUGUCAAUCUCAUGGGAUACGAUUAUUCAGGAUAUGGGAGAUCUUCUGGUAAGCCAAGCGAGCAAGAGACGUACGCAGACAUAGAAGCAGCUUACAAUUGGCUAAAAGAAACGUACGGUAUAAAAGAUGAACGUAUCAUUUUGUACGGACAAUCUGUGGGAAGUGGACCGUCGCUUGAACUUGCUUCUCGUCUUCCACGUCUUCGAGCACUUGUUCUUCACAGUCCUUUCUUGUCCGGUCUACGUGUCAUGUACCAUGUCAAGCACUCCUUCUGGUUCGACAUUUUCAAGAAUAUUGAGAAAAUUCAACUCGUGGACUGUCCCGUUCUUGUGAUUCAUGGAACAGAUGACAAAGUGGUGGAUAUUUCACAUGGGAAGCAAUUAUGGGAGCUAUCCAAAGAAAAAUACGAACCGUUAUGGCUUAAAGGAGGAACCCAUUGUAAUCUUGAGAUGUUCCCUGAGUAUUUACCUCACUUAAGAAAGUUCAUAGGGGCCAUUGAGAAGCUUCCAGUUCCACAAUUCCGACGCCAUUCAGUAUCGGAUGAUCACAAGAAAGGGAAACAACAAUUGGAUCCGAAGAAGAGUAGUAGUUGGAUUAGGUCCAGGCAUAGCACGGAAUGUGUAACUUCUAGAGACAAAUCAAGAAAGAUGAGUAUUGGUCAUCGGCUUGGGAAGGCUAGAAACAGCACGGAUAGCUUUGAUCGUCCUAGGAAUAGCUUCGACAGGUUUGGUGAAAUGGUGAGAUCAGUUCGAUUGUGUAAUGUUGAUUGUGUGAAGAAUGCAGUUGCAAAGGCCUGAGGAUUGUUGUUAGAACCGAACCAACUAUUGUUUUUUUUUCUUUCUUAUUCGUUGGUUUCUUUGGAAAGGAGAAAAAUGUUUUGUAAACAUAUAUAUCCUUCUCAGUUUUCACUAAAAAAAAAUAGAAGAACAUUAUCUUUUAAAUUAUUUUUAAAAAAAAAAUUAUUUAUCAACUGUUUGAAGUUUGAACCUUGUUAUUCGAAUAUUGUUAACAGUUUCU